UUGUGCCGCUAUUGUCAGAGAUGACCCGAUGGGAGAGAGGGGGAAGACCACCCGCGACGGUGCUGGAACUUCCAUGGCCGUCAGAAACUGCCACCUACCUCCGCCACUGCUAGGGUUCGCCGCCGGUGCGCCGUUGAAAGGAAGGCCGUUCAGUCACGCCGAGCAGGAGAGACAGAGAGAUCUGAAGGUGUGCUGGGAACCCAAACACCGUGCCUGGCCCCCGAUCGCAUCACCGGCGCCGCCUCGGUCGGAACUGCCGCCAUCAGAAAAGGGUUCUGGUCGCCAGGAGUGGUUCUGCGACUCCCGGGACCACCGCCGGAGCUUCUGGCUACUCCUGCCGUCGCCGGAAAAGUUUGCCGUUGAUCCACCGGAGUUUCUGGCCGUCGCCGGAGCUGUUGCUGCCGCCGGUUCGAAAUCGGAACUGCUUCGUGUUGUUAUUCCGUGUUGCGAUGGUUGUUGUGAACGUGACUGGGAGCUGAGGUUUUAGUUGCCGUCAGUUCGGGUUGAGGCGGAAAGGACUCUGUGACGUGUUUGAGUUAUGGAUUUGCGUUUUGAGGUAG